CUUAAUAGUAGCACUGUUGUUUUAGGCGAACAAUCAGCAGAUCGGAGCACUUAAAUGGCUGCACCAAACAAACAUGGAGGAGACCAUGAGACCAGACGCUGACCAGGAGCUGUCGGUCCGGACCGGAGAGGAGGACACCGAGGGCUGUGAUAUGAAGGAAGAGGCAGGGAAACCCUCGGAGCCCUCAGAGGGAGCCGUGGACCCGUUUAAGAAACCCGAGGUGUUCGCGGCGCCCUCCGUAGCGGGCAGGCGGAGCGGAGCGGCGGAGACUGAGAGAGCGAGCCGGGCAGAGAGCGGCACAGCCGCGCAGGGAGGCGGGACUGGAGCCCGGAGAGCCGCUCCAGAGGACCAGGCGCCCGCUGAAGCCUCUGCCCAGCCUCCACGUGAAGGUGAAGGUUCAGAGCAGCCUGCAGUGGGAGAGAGGCCUCCUGCUGCUGAAGAAAGGCCCAGCCAAGCCAAGCCCAAGCAUGAUGUAAAAGUGAAAGCCCCUGUAAAAGCUGCUAAAGUGCCUCCAGCUGGUAAAUUCCCCCCUGUUCCAUACACAGAACCCCCCUGGGCUGGCGUGGCCAGUAUCCCCUACUCCUUCGAACUCCUUAAGAAUGGAGCCAUACUGGACACUAUCCCUCUAACCCAGCAGAGUUACUUCGUGGUGGGCCGCUUACCUGUCUGUGAUGUGUCUCUAGAGCACCCCUCUAUAUCCCGCUACCAUGCGGUGGUCCAGUAUCGUGGCCUGGCCGGAGAGGAGGGGGUCGUGGGGGAAGAGGCAGGGUUCUAUGUCUAUGAUCUGGGCAGCACUCAUGGGACAUUUGUGAACAAGAACAAGAUUCCUCCCAAAACCUACAUAAGGCUGAGGGUUGGACAUGUUCUGAAAUUUGGGGGGAGCACCAGGCUCUUCAUUCUCCAGGGUCCCGAGUCUGAUGAGGAAGCAGAGUCGGAGCUGACUGUAACAGAGCUGAGAGAGCGAGCCAGGAAGCAGCGAGAAGAGCUGGAAAAGAGGAUGAUGGGAGAUGGUGCGGAUGAUGAUGAUGAUGAUAAUGAUGACGCUGACAAGAAGAAUGAAGAGAAGGAGUCUUCUGGAAGAAGUUCUUCAGAAGACGGGGGCUGCUCCUGGGGAAUGGGAGAGGAGGCUGCCCAUGAGGAGGAUGAGAGUGAGGAGAAUCCAUUUGCCACAGAGUUUCAAGAGGACCAGGAAGCAGCCUACUUGAAGGAUCCUAAAAAGGCUUUGCAGGGCUUCUAUGAUAGAGAAGGAGAAGAACUGGAGUUUGAAUAUGAGGACAAAGGCCAUGGCACCUGGCUCUGCCGAAUAAAGUUGCCAGUGGACGACGCUGUGGGCAGGCAGCUGGUUGCUGAGGUCACACACACCGGGAAGAAGAAGGAGGCAGCUAUUCAGUGCUCUUUGGAGGCCUGCCGCAUGCUGGAGGCCCGUGGAUUAUUGAGACAGGAAGCAGUGUCCCGCAAGCGUAAAAAGAAAAAUUGGGAGGAUGAUGAUUAUUAUGACAGUGACGAUGAUUCUUUCCUGGACCGGACGGGUACUGUGGAGAGGAAGAGAAAAGAACGCAUGAAAAAGGCUGGCAAGAUUGAGGAACAGCCUGAUACCUAUGACUCACUGGUUGCUAAGCUAGCUAAAGUGGAAAAAGAGAUGGCUGAAACAGAGAAGAAACUAAGUUCUUCAGGAAAAGGAGGCUCCAGCUCUUCCACAGAAGACCCUCUGGAUGCAUUUAUGAGUGCCGUGCGCAGCCAGGCAGCUCUGGAUGGAGUGGAGAGAAAGAAGCUACACCUGCAUGUAGCUGAGCUUAAGAAGGAAAGUCAGCGACUGCACAAACUCAUUGAAUUGACCAGACCCACCCAGCUGCCCUCCCUGCAGAGCAUGCAUUCCAGCCAGUCCUCUGACCCUGAGAAGCCCAAGAAGUUAGCCCUGCCUCUGUUUGGAGCGAUGAAAGGUGGCAGUAAAUUCAAACUGAAGACGGGGACCAUCGGGAAGUUGCCUCCAAAGAGACCUAACUUGCCCCCUGAGCUCUUCAACAUGAAAGAACUCCCCGCUGGUGCAGAGGAGGAGGAGGAAGAAGAGGAGGUAGAGGAGGAUGGCAAAAAACAAGGUGAAGUGGAGGAGGAAAGUGAAGAUCAGAAGAUAGGAAGCACAGAGAUUGAUAUGGAGGAUGAUCAGUCUGAUGAGAGGGGCUACAAAGAGGAUUCUAACACUCGUCAACAGACAGAAGACGCCUGUUCACCGACCCCAAAAGAGAUUGAAGAUUCUUUGAGACAAACAGUAAAGAAGCCUUCAUCAUAUGUCAAAGAGAAGGCUAAAUCUGUCCAUCCCACAGAAGGCUUCACUUCACCUCCUCAAGGUGAAGACCCAGAGAAGAAGAAGAAGAGUGGAAAGAAGAUGAUUGGCCCAAGCAGGCCUCCUAGCACUGUGUCCAAGCAAUACCCGGAGGAUGACCCUGACUACUGCGUGUGGGUGCCUCCAGCAGGUCAAACUGGUGAUGGUCGGACUCAUCUUAACGACAAGUACGGCUACUGAGAGCAGGAUGGAGAAUUUCCUUUCAAACAGGGGAAACUCCACCUAAAUCUGUUAAAAAAUAAAUGGCUACAUUUCCUUGAA